AUGUUAAAAACAGCAAAUGCCUCAUUUAUGCUUGGAACUAGCAGUUGGCGAGAACAAUUUAUUGAUGCUUUAACUGUAAGUGCUGGAGAUGAUGAUGAUGAAGAGGAAGAAGGAGGAGAUGAAGAUGAAGGAAAAACAACUAAAUUAGUCAUUCGGGAGCCGGGAGAAGCUGAUGGAUUGAAAGGGGAGGAAUUGUCAAUUACAAAAGGAAAAGGGAAACAACCGAGUAAAUCUGACUAUUUAAUGCAUUUUAUUUCUGUCCCGUGGAAGUUGGCAUUUGCAACUAUUCCACCUACUGAUUAUUGGGGUGGUUGGGCAUGUUUUACAGUCUCUAUACUCAUGAUUGGUCUUUUAACCGCAGUUAUUGGUGAUCUUGCUUCUCAAUUUGUAAGUUGA